AAAUUCUCUCUCCUACUAACUUAAAUCAACCAACCCCAAACAAACCCACACUAUAUUUCUCUCAUCUUUAUUUAUUUCUUUGCAAUUUGGCUGCCCUGUUUCGGUCAUUCAGUGUGCUUCUGUUACUCUGAUUUUGCUCUCUUUCUGGCUUCUUAAGUGAUAUCAGCGAGCUCUGUUUCUCUUUGAGAAUGUAUGCAGAGACUGGGCUUUUGUUCCCUUAUUUCCAGAAUUCACCUCAAGAUUUUCAGCAACUUGAGGAGUUCUGCAGAACCCAGAAGUCAAAUGCUUCAGUGAAUAGCUUCGCCGAGGCCUCUAUGAUAUCAGAAUAUGACCUGGGAGGAGAAUGGGAUCUAUUCAAAGCUCCAGAGCCUAUAAUUGAAGAGCCGGGCAUUGGCCUUGAUCCCAUGACAGCAACCAUUUCAAUGAUAUCUUGUGGGGAAGAUGUCACCUGCUCUCAAGGGCUAAAGGUUGCAGACAUUGAAUCAUUUCAAAGUGAGCAGCUUUUGAGUGAUGUCUUCUAUGACAAGGAUCUUUUAGGGAAGGAGGCAAUAGGGAGGGAACCACUUUCUGAGGCCCUAGAUAUCAAAAUUCCUAUUUUGACAAUGGAUGCAAAUCAAAUUCAGGAAAACAAACCAAUUCGCGAUGUAACAUUCCAGAAAAGUGUCAGCUCAGGAUGUUUAACCUCAAGGGAGUGGAUGCAUGGAACUUCAACGAAGCCAAGUUUCCUGGAUUUUCCUGGAAUGGAUUUUGGUGCUGCUUAUGGUAUUCGGAGGGCAUAUAGUGAAGGAGAUAUUAAGACUCUUGAUAACAUCAACACAAGCCUCCUCCAUUCUUCGCUUGAGCGGCCCAUAGUCAUCAGCAACUGCACCACUGAGGAACGCAGGGAAAAGCUUUCAAGAUACCGCAACAAGAAGACAAAAAGGAACUUUGGAAGGAAAAUCAAGUAUGCAUGCAGGAAGGCUCUUGCAGACAACCAGCCGAGGAUCCGUGGAAGAUUUGCAAAGACUGAAGAAACUUAUGGCAAGAGGCAAUAACUGUUGACUACUUUUAUAUACUAAUAAGAAGAAUGUAGGAACGAAGUAGCUAGCUAGGUCCAAUGGUAUAUGUAAUGGAAGAGAGAUGAGAUCAGUAGUAGCGUAAGCCUGGCAUAUAAAAUAGACUUGGAAUCAGAUUAGCUCAUCAAUAAACCAGACCCCAAAAUCAUCUGCUAAGUAUUUGAUCUCUAUCAUCAGCUGUAAUAACCUCCUUUCUAGACCUGCAUAUGGCCAACUGCGUACGUAUGUAAAUAGGGUAUGUGGAAUAAUCAUCUGGGGAAGCAAAAGAGUUGUACUUGUUCAUAUUAUAUGUUAUGAAAUUGCAAUCUUUGUAGUCCCUCCUCCACUGGUGCAAUGGCGUCUUGACAAAGAUGUUGGAUUCACAAGAUGAACUUGUUCAUAUUAUUAUUGUAUGCUAUGAAAUUUUUCAGUC